AUGUCCGGCGCCGGCGCCGCCGACGUCGCCUCACCACGCCCCGCCGUGUCCCGACGUCGCCUCACCACGCCCCGCCGUGCCCCGACGCUCGCAGACGCCCACGCCGACGACGCCAAGCCGCACUCUGCGGCUUCGUCGACACCACCCUUAGGGUGUUCGACGAAAUUCCGCGAGACGCCCACGCCCAUGCCGCAGGUGCCCUGCCCUGCCGCUGCCGCUGCCCUGCCCUCUGCCGCUGCCGUGCCCUGCCUCUGCCCCUGCCGCUGCCGUGCCCUGCCGUGCCGCUGCCCUGCCCCUGCCGCUGCCGUGCCGCUGCCCUGCCCGUGCGCCGUGCCGCUGCCCUGCCGUGCCCUGCCGUGCCGCUGCCAUGCUCUAUACCAUUUCAACACAAGACAACACCAUUUGGGUAUAUGUGAGUGUAUGGCCAAUUUGCAAAUUUGA